GCCACCUUGCUCGAGCCGAGCUCCCGGCUUCAAAUUUUACACAUAAAACCACCAGAGGAGUUCUAGAACCGUUCUGGGGACAAGCAGCUGCCAUGGAAGAGCCUGCAGCUCCCUAUGAAACCUGCGAGGAAGCUGGGGCCGAGGCAAAUGCCCCGGCAGCGGGGGAGGGUGUGGCUGGGCCGGGCCUCCCCGGGUUCGAGGUCUCUGGAGAGUCUGCAACUUUAGGUCUAAUUUCUUUCGACGCGGCAUCGGGCCUGGCCUCAUUCCCUGUGGCUCCUGGCCCAGCUCACCCCGUCACAGAGGCUACUGGGCAUGCUCAGGCUGCAGGGGGCGGGGCCAACCCCAACCCUCUUCCGGAACCGAACAGUGGCGACUGGAGAAAGCAAAUCGUCUGCAGGUAUUAUCUGCAUGGGCAAUGCAAAGAGGGGGAGAACUGUCGCUACUCCCACGACCCCUCUGGGCGGCAGAUGGCCAGGGAGGGCCACGUUUCGCCGCCUGAGGCCUCUGCAGACAGAGGACCUAGUACGGCUGCGCAGAGCGAGCCCCCGACUCAGGAAGUGGCGGAAGCCCCUCCUGCUGCAUCCUCAAGCUCCUUGCCUCUGAUUGGCUGGGCUGCUGAAAGGGGUUUCUUUGAAGCUGAGACAGACAAUGCAGGCCUUGAAGCUGCUGGAGGAGCAGGUGCACAAGGCUGGGAGGGUGCCAUUGAGUUUGUUCCCGGGCAGCCCUACCGAGGCCGCAUGCUCCCACCCCCACCGUAUGGUCCCGAGGCUCCUCUACAGAGGCCGGUGCCUGAGAGAGCGCAGAUGGCUGUGGGCAUGGGGAUGCAGCUUUGCCGCUAUGCUGCCAGGGGACAAUGCAUUAAUGGGGAGAGCUGUUUUUACCUCCACGGAGAUGUAUGCGACAUGUGUGGGCUGCAGGCCUUACACCCCGUGGAUGCUGCUCAGCGGGAAGCCCAUUUAAGUGUCUGCAUGGAAGCACACGAGAGAGAUAUGGAGCUCUCGUUUGCUGUGCAGCGCAGCAUGGACAAGGUGUGUGGCAUCUGCAUGGAGGUUGUCUAUGAGAAAGCCAACCCCAGCGACCGCCGCUUUGGCAUCCUUUACAACUGCAACCACACCUUCUGUAUUCAGUGUAUCCGCAGGUGGAGAAGUGUCAGACAGUUUGAGAACAGAAUCAGUAAGUCCUGCCCACAGUGCAGGGUGCCCUCCAGCUUUGUCACUCCCAGUGAGUUCUGGGUGGAGGAGGAGGAAGAGAAGGAGAAACUUAUUCAGCAAUACAAGGAGGGAAUGAGAAACAAGGACUGCAGAUAUUUUGCUCAUGGCAGGGGUUACUGCCCAUUUGGAGAAAACUGUUUUUACAAGCAUACAUACCAUUGGGGCCAUCAUAGGCGAGGUGGUGGAUCAUCCGGCACUUACUGGCAUCAAGUUUUGGAGCCUGUGCGGGUGUCAGAGAGCAACAUGCUCUUUAAAAGCAGUAAAAAGGAGCUUGUCAUACUUCGGCUGGCCAAUCUGUUGUUUAAGCGGUUUCUUGCAAUGAGAGUUGGUUUUCCUUUCUCUGAUGAUCAGUGGGCUUUGCUUUAUUAUCAGCUGGAAGAAUGUUUCAAUUUUAAUCUGUAGUAUCAUGCUGUGGCAUAUGGUCUAGUCUGAUGAGGCUCUGUCAUCUGCUGUUGCCUGUUCUCCCUUUAUUGAUUGACAUGCCUAUUGCUUUCAGGGGCUAUUGAGGCAAUCUUUAUGCAGUGUUUCUCUGUGUUCUUGUCUGUUCCCCACUUAUUCCCACAAGGAUUAUGAUGUUUCCUGUGUUAAAAAGAAUAACAAAAUGUCCUUAAUGUUAUUGUUUGGUGAAAUGAAUAUUUCUGUCAGUUGAUGGUUUGUUUUGUUAUGUCUGUUUCCAACAGUAUUCACUCAGUUCUAGUCUAGUGUUUACAGAAUUUCUACUCAUUGUGAAGUCCCUCAAGAAUAAAUGUGACAGUGUGAAAAGAGAAGUCUUAAUUGAAUUAGGAGCUUUUUGCCACAAUAGCCUUAAGAAAUGGACCCUUGCAGGGCCUUGCAGCUGCUGUCUUGUUUACAUGUCUGUUUUUUCCCUCCUUCCUCUUCAAGUGCACUUGUUAACUUGUGGUUACUUUGUGAUUUCGUGUUUAACUUGACCAAAACCAAGUGCAUAUGUUUACAUGUUUUUAUCCUGUUUAGCUUGAUGUGAAAUUAUUUAUAUUUGGAAGUAUAUAUUUAAGAAUGAUAUAUAUAUAAAUAAUAUGUGUAUAAGUAUUAAAGUUAUGUAU